AUGAAUUUUUAACUACUAAUAAAGCUCUCAAUAGUCUUAGGUCUUUUGAUUUUGAGUAUUGAAGGCAAAUCAAAAGGCAAAACCUAUGAUGAUCUCUAAGAUAUGCUUAAUAAAGCUAAUUAAAAGAUUGAGGAUGAGUAGGAAAGACAUCAUACGACAGAAAAUUAAAAAGUAGAAUAAACUACCAAAAGCAAUAAUCAGGCUACUUCAAAUCCUGUUAUUACUAAUCACUAUUAGACUAUUUCCCAGCCUUAGCAAUCAAAUGAACCUGCAUCAGAUUAGUCAAGUCAUACUUCUACUUAGAAAUUAUCAGGUCCAGACAAUUACAAAGCUAAACAAAGUUUACCUGGGAAGAAAACUAGAAUAGAUGAACUAGCUGAGCAACUAGCUCGAAAGAAGACAACUGAGAGUAGUGAUGGAAUUAAAUUAAGAUAAGUUAGUAUUCCAAGAAAGUAGAAUGAAAAUGAAAAGCUUUACUUUUUGCUCUCCAAUAUUAUACUUUUACUGACUUGUUUGAUCAUAGUAGGAGCUAUCUUCGUCCUAAUAUACUUUAUUUACCGUUAACUGUUUAGUAGAGAGCAGUACUUUUAGUUUGAGGAUUAGCCUGAAAUGAAAUAGAUUCCGGGUUUAACAUUAGCAGAUUUGAGAAAUAUUGAAUAGGCAGUUAACUAUUAAGACUACGGUAGACAAAGUGACUCAACUGUUGGAAGGGAUCACGAGAGGUAAGAUGAUCCUGAAAAGUUGUUUACAAAUUUGGAAAAAAAAUCUGAAUAGCAACAAAAUGCAAUCAAAGAAGAUCAUGAUUACUACCAAAGGAAUGAAGAAAGUAAAAUUCAAAAAUAAAGUUAGCAGAUUAAUCAGAAUUAAAUAGCGAAUUAGGAAUAGAAGGGAUCUCCUCACAAAAGUCAAAAUUAUUUAAAAAGUACUUCCCAAAGUAAAAAUAACCAAAACCAAAAUAAAUAGAACACUAUCACUUCAAUUUUAUCAAAGAAGCGCUGA